AUGGGAUCUCACAUCUUUUUUUUACUGCUGUAUAUAAUUGCGGUGGCAGCAGAUACUUGUGAUAAUCGACAGAAGACAGCCUUCCCCCACGAAGAUGACUGUGAGAAGUAUUAUUAUUGCAGAAGAGGAACUCUGGUGGGAGGGAAAUGCCCUCCUGGACUUAUUUUUGAUAUAGAAAAAAACGCAUGUCGAGAUUCUUCUUUAGCGAAAUGUAACAGAAGAAAAAUACCAAGUGUACCACUGUGUGUUACAUACCCUUCAACAACUGAAACUCCCUGGCCAGUCUGCAACGACACCUCAAAGAUCGAACUCCUGCCAGACGUCGAAGACUGUCAGUACUACUACAUCUGCAUCUGGGGAGACAGAGUCCACAGGAAAUGCUUAAACGAUUGGUAUUUCAGCUUUUCUAAGCUGAUAUGCUUACCAGAAUACAAAGCGGACUGCGCAGAGCCAACAACAACGUUUGCCCCAACAGUCUUCACAACAUCAACCACUAAAGAGAUAUCUCCAACAACAGCCUUAACAACAACAAACACUGAAGAGACAGCUCCAAAAACAGUCUUCACAACAACGACUACGGAAGAAACAGCUCCAACAACAGUCUUCACAACAACGACCACAGAAGAGACACCUCCAACCACAGUCUUCAUAACAAGGACAACAGAAGAUAUAUCUCCAACAACAGUCUUCAUAACAACGUCAACAGAAGAGCCAGCUCCAACAACAGUCUUCACAACAUUGACCAAAGAAGAGAUAGCUUCAACAACAGUCUUCACAACAACGACCACGGAAGAAACAGCUCCAACAACAGUCUUUACAACAACGACCACAGAAGAGACACCUCCAACCACAGUCUUCAUAACAAGGACAACAGAAGAUAUAUCUCCAACAACAGUCUUCACAACAACUACCACAGAAGAUAUUUCUCCAACAACAGUCUUCACAACAACGACCACGGAAGAAACAGCUCCAACAACAGUCUUCACAACAACGACCACAGAAGAGACACCUCCAACCACAGUCUUCAUAACAAGGACAACAGAAGAUAUAUCUCCAACAACAGUCUUCACAACAACGACCACAGAAGAGACACCUCCAACCACAGUCUUCAUAACAAGGACAACAGAAGAUAUAUCUCCAACAACAGUCUUCACAACAACUACCACAGAAGAUAUUUCUCCAACAACAGUCUUCACAACAACGACCACGGAAGAAACAGCUCCAACAACAGUCUUCACAACAACGACCACAGAAGAGACACCUCCAACCACAGUCUUCAUAACAAGGACAACAGAAGAUAUAUCUCCAACAACAGUCUUCACAACAAUUACCACAGAAGAUAUAUCUCCAACAACAGUCUUCACAACAGAAACUAUAGAAGAGACAACACCAACAACAGUUUUCAUAACAACGACAGCAGAAGAUAUAUCUCCAACAACAGUCUUCACAACAACGACCACAGAAGAGAUAGCUCCAACAAAAGUCUUCACAACAACGACCACGGAAGAAACAGCUCCAACAACAGUCUUCACAACAACGAUCACAGAAGAGACACCUCCAACCACAGUCUUCAUAACAAGGACAACAGAAGAUAUAUCUCCAACAACAGUCUUCACAACAGCAACUAUAGAAGAGACAACACCAACAACAGUUUUCAUAACAACGACAGCAGAAGAUAUAGCUCCAACAACAGUCUUCACAACAACGUCUACAGAAGAGACAGCUCCAACCACUGUCUUCAUAACAAGCACAACAGAAGAUAUAUCUCCAACAACAGUCUUCACAACAACGACCACAGAAGAGGCACCUCCAACCACAGUCUUCAUAACAACGUCUACAGAAGAGACAGCUCCAACAACAAUCUUCAUAACAAUUACCACAGAAGAUAUAUCUCCAACAACAGUCUUCACAACAGCAACUAUAGAAGAGACAACACCAACAACAGUUUUCAUAACAACGACAGCAGAAGAUAUAUCUCCAACAACAGUCUUCACAACAACGACCACAGAAGAGAUAGCUCCAACAACAGUCUUCACAACAACGACCACAGAAGAGACACCUCCAACCACAGUCUUCACAACAACGUCUACAGAAGAGACAGCUCCAACCACAGUCUUCAUAACAAGCACAACAGAAGAUAUAUCUCCAACAAUAGUCUUCACAACAACGACAACAGAAGAAAUAUCUCCAACAACCGUCUUCACAACAACGGCCACAGAAGAUAUAUCUCCAACAACAGUCUUUACAACAACGACCACAGAAGAGACAACUCCAACAACAGUGUUUCCAACAACGCCAAAAGAUUUCCUGCUCUGCGGUAGACGUGACAAAUGGUUAAAACCCGACUACACCGACUGCAGUUACUACUACCAGUGUCUAAAUGGGUAUUUAUACCACCAGAAAUGUCCACCAUACUUCCUCUUCAGCCCCGUAUUCUUGAGAUGUCGCCUGGGGGAGACGGUUAAUUGCCAUGUAACCACCAAAGAUAAAACACCAGUAUCUGAUGUCAUACGAAAUGGCUGCGGCAAUGAGCCCUGGUUAAAACCUGAUACUAAGGAUUGUAGAUUUUAUUAUCAAUGUAAAGAUGGUUAUAUUAACAGAAAGAAAUGCCCUGAAAACUUUCUCUUCAGUCAGGCGUCACGAACUUGCGUGCAUAAAACUGAAGCCAACUGUACAUAUAAUACGAGAUUUAGGAAAAUCUUAGACACUGCAAAAUCAACAACAACUGCGGGUGAAGCAACAGAAACUCCAACAGCAACAGCUAUGAGUGAAACAAAAGAAUCUUCAACAACAAGAACUGCUGGUGAAACAACAGAAUCUUCAACAACAAGAACUGCUGGUGAAACAACAAGAACUGUUGGUGAAACAACAGAAUCUUCAACAACAACAACCCAACAACAGGAACUAGAGUGUUCUGUUGAAGACUUAUGGAUAAAACCGGACCCAAGGAAUUGCAGUUAUUAUUAUUUUUGUGUCAAUGGACUGCUACAACAUUACAUGUGUUCUACAUUUGCCCUCUUUAGUCCUGUAGAACUGAGAUGCGUCGACAAAAACGCUGCAGGCUGCCUUGUGAACAGUACAGAAGAAUUCACAACAAUCACUUAUACAAAUACAGUUAUUAAAAGCAGUUCAACCACUUCAUCAGAUUCUAGUACAAGUAUAGAAGGAACAAUAAUCGUUACGACAGAAGCUAAUAUACAUAAUACAGAAGGUGUCCCAGUCACUCCAUCGGAAUCUAUUGUCAGUGCAGGAAGUGUCUCCGUCGUUCCAUUAGAAUCUAGUACAGAAGGUGUCCCAGUCAUUCCAACCGUAUCUAGUGCUAGUACAGGAGGUGUCUCAGUCGUUACAUUAGAAUCCAGUACAGACGGUGUUCCAGUCAUUCCAACUGUAUCUAGUGCUAGUGCAGGCGAUGUCUCAGUCGUUAUUUUAGAAUCUAGUACAGAAGAUGUUCCAGUCACUCCAACAGUAUCUAUUACAGAAGGUGUCCCAGUCCCUCUAAUAGUAUCUAAUGCUAGAGCAGAAGAUGUCUCAGUCGUUACAUUACAAUCUAGUACAGAAGAUGUCCGAGUCACUCCUACAGUAUCUAGUACAGAAGGUGACCCAGUCACUCCAACAGUAUCUAGUGCUAGUGCAGGAGGUGUCUCAGUCACUCAAUCGGAAUCUGUUGCCAGUGAAGGAGGUGUCUCCGUCAAUUCAUUAGAAUCUAGUACAAGUAUUGAAGGUAUCCCAGUCAUUCCAUCGGCAUCAGAGAUUAAAACAGAAUCAGAUUCUAUUAUAAAUAAAGAACUUGUUCCUAGAAAGGAAGAAAAUGAUGUCACUAUGGAAUCAUCAACAAAAACAGAUGAGAAUGAAAAACAAUCGAAUAGAAAAAAAUUAUCUAAGACUAGCGGGGAGUUAGAAGAAGAAUGUGACAUAUUUAGUACAUGGUCCAAACCAGAUAUGACUAGCUGCAGGCGUUACUUCUUGUGUAUUUAUGGUGAAAUCACUCAUAGACAAUGUCCUGGGGAUUAUGAAUUUAAUCCCAUUGAUUUGAAAUGUCAACCAAAACAACAGGCUGGAUGUGAUAUUCACGUUUUCACGGAUUUAUCUAAGACAGUAACACCUGUACAGCCUCAACCAACACAACCAGAAAGAUAUGCACAUUCUUGGACCGAAGCUCAGACCACAGUUAUCAAAUGUGAGGACUCUUCGCAGACAUACCGACCAGAUCCUGAUGACUGUACGAAGUAUUACAUGUGCUUCUAUGGUACUCUUUAUAUUAAAUCUUGUCCAGAAGGAUUGGAGUUCAGCAAGUCACAAUUGAUGUGCCUACCCCCCAGCCAAGCGAAAUGCAACUCUAUCUGCAAAGCCAACGGCAUUUACUUCGCUGCAAAUCCAACUGACAAUACAAAAUACUACAUAUGUUUUAACAAAAAUUCGCUUCCACAAAAAUGUCCACAUAACUUUGUUUUUGAUACUACAAUUAUGGCAAAAAAUUACACACGGACCAACACAAGUGAGAUUCACAAAGAAGAUUUAUUAAACGUAAUAGAAAAUAAUAACAUAAAAGUAGAAUAUAAAGAAACCAAUAUAAUUCCUAACUUAAGCAAUAAAAUUGUUAUAAAUCCUAUAGCUGACAAUUCUGUAAUUUAUUCAUUAAACAAUUCAAUUGAUAAAGACAAAUGGUCCAAAGAAGAUGAUAGUCUAGAACUGCUCAUUGUACCCAGUGCCGAUAAUGAAUUCUUGGGCGAUGAUAAUCAUGAUUCUGAAAAUAAUACAAUGCCAGCAAAAAUAGUUGAUUUUUUGACAAAGCCAGAAAAGAAUAAUAACCCUUUAAUCAAACUUAAAGAAAAGAUUAAAGGCAAAAACAAAAGCAAUGUAACAAGGGAAUCACUUUUAGUAAUUCCAAGUAUUCACAAUAAUAAAACAAAUAACUAUACGACAGCCAAUAUCGAUAAGGAACAAAAGAAAAAUGAAAUUUUAGCAAAUAGACAAAUGAAAAAGGAUUUAAUAAAUGUGACUGAAAAAUUAAAUACUGAGACUACAAAUACAGUGAAUAUUAAAACAACAGUAGUUCUGCCAAUUCAUGAAAAUACAAUACUAAUCAAAGUAAACAGAACCAAUACCAAUGACAGUCUUCCUGAAGGAAAUAUCAGUAAAAAUGUUUCUAAUAACUUAAUAACCAUUAUGACAAGUAAUUCCAUGGUAGAUAAAAAGAGGAAUAUAGUAUUAAAGUCUGAUGAAAAAGAAAAAGAUGAUAUCGAUGGAGAAAUAACUGUCCAGAAUUCAGCUGUUAAUAAGAGAGUUAGUAAACAAGAGACAAACACAAAGUACGAAAUAGAAGAAAGUGGACUUAUGAGUGAGGAUCAGGUUAUGCAAGAAUCUAAAAGUUAUGAAUUAUCUUCUUCUGGCUCUCUUCCUCAUAGACAGGCUAAAAGGGAAUUAGGAAAAAAACUACCUUUGCCAUCAUUUGUUGGAUUAUUAGAACCUUUUAAUAAAAAAGCUCCAUCAAAACCUAAGGCUAGUCGUGACUUCUCUGAUUUAAUGGACUUAGAGCCAAUUAUACUGGACAAUAAAUUUUAG